AUGCGCGUUCCUAUCGCUGUGCAGCUUGCGCUGCUGGUGCUUUUAACUUGCGUGGUGGGGAUAGCAGUUCUUGCGAUUGCGACAUGGAUUACCACCUACAAUUUUGUGGUCGAUGUAGGAUCCCAAGGCCUCGAACUCGUUGCUACCAUCAAAGCCAGCCAAAUCGCUUCCAACCUAGAUCUUCUCGAGACGACCUGCAAAACGAUAUCGACGCGUCUCCUUGUUCAAUCCGCUCUCGGACGCUACAAUCGAGGCAACCAUUCGAGUGAGAAUUGGUUUUACGCCAUUACGGAUUUGCAGUCAGCACUUGGAAGCCGGGGAUACUUGAGUUUAUACCAAGCGGUUCUUUUUCCGAAACAGGGCAACUCGAGUCAAAGGCUGCUCAACGUCACUAGCGAAACUAUCCCAGACAUCUCCCUGCCAUACGACUACUUAAAUGGAACUUCAAUCAAGCUUGGGUCUACAGCCCUCGGCUACCCAUCGACACUGUACCCGAACCUCACCUAUACAUAUUCGUCCAACGGAGAGAACUCAACAUCCGUGUUUGCAUUUCCCGAUUACACUCUUGAAAUUGGCUCAUCGCUACUACUGGGGCCACUAACUAUCAACGAUUCAUUUUCUCUCAUCUCUUUGACCGUCCCAAUUGUGAAUAACACGUCAGAUAAAGACCUGCUGGGCUUCCUCACUGUCGUAGCCAGUGCGACGAAUGUCCAGAAUGUCAUCAGUUCACGCGAUGGACUUGGAAGCACGGGGCAGGCCCUGUUGCUUGGGCCGUCCAGGCCAGAGAAUAUCUUUGCCAGCACAACCCAGCCAUCAACUGCUACUUCCGGUCCGGAGGCUGUAGCCCUUGAAAAUGCAGAAGUGCAUUAUGUCUUUGAGCCGACACCUCUACCUGGCCAAAAUAGUCGUCACGGCGGUGUUUCAACCAACACUUCAUUUGCGCUGUCUAAAUAUGCCGUCGCAUUAGAUGUCAUGCGCCAGUCUCCUACAAACGAAAACAAGUCGAUAAGCCGUCUUUCUACUACGAACGAGGAAGGAUCUAAUGUGGCUGUUGGCGCAGUCCGCCCUCAGAGCCCCUUGGUUCAAUGGAUACUGAUCGUUGAAGAAACGCAUGCGGAGGCGUUUGCACCUAUCGCUAGACUACGCAAAAUAAUUCUUGCCUGUGUAUUUGGAACAGCUGGUGCCAUUAUUCUCACGGUGCCUCUUCUCACUCAUUGGGCGGUUGCUCCUAUCCGAAGACUCAGGCUGGCCGCGCAGAAGUCGGUCGCGCCCCAUGUCUUACAACAACAUCCACCCCGUUCUUCUCAUGGAGAUAAUUUCGACAGCAUGAGCAGAGCAAAUGGAGCGGAAGAUUCUCAUGAACAGGACGAAAAGGGCACUGUUUCACUAUGGGUGAAACGCUCGAAAGGCUUCAUGGAGAGACUGAACACUUCUAACGAUUCUGUCAAGAGAAAUCCGGCGAAUAAUUUUGAGAUACCGGGCAGAGUAAAGGAGCGCCGGCAUUGUGUGACGGAUGAACUCACGGAGCUUACCGGAACCUUCAACGAGAUGUCUGAUGAAUUGACAAUUCAAUACAACCGCCUCGAGGAGCGCGUGGCUGAGCGGACUAGGGAGCUGGAGAAGGCUAAACUAAUGGCAGAGACUGCCAACGAAAGCAAAACACUUUUUAUCGCGAACAUCUCACACGAGUUGAAGACACCUCUCAACGGAAUUCUAGGAAUCAAAAAUCAAAUCGAGCAGGCUAUCCAUCUCGAAGAGAAAGAGUUUAGACUGUCUGAUGUCAGAUCUCAGCUGGCCAUCAUCUUUCAGAAUCAGGUGCACGAGAAGCAAAUUGACUUCAGUGUCAACUGUAUAGCUGGUGGAAUGGAUCGGCCCGUGAAUCACUACUCGAUGUGUCAUGAGCAAAGUUUUGAGCCAGCAUCGCAAGGAAGGCUCACGGAUAUGAUCCUCUGGGGCGAUCAACAUCGUCUUCUUCAGGUCCUAAUCAACUUGGUCAGCAAUAGCCUGAAAUUCACGCCAGAAAAUGGAAAGGUUGAAGUCCGCAUUCGGUGUUUCGACGGUCCCUUGGCCUUGGACGGCUCAAAUUCUCCGCAGCAAGGGCCUACAGCGAACAGUGUGUCGGAUAAUAUCCAAACGACUCACCGGAAUAGCCUGGAAAGACCAUCAACAGAUCAAUCAUUUUUCCGACCGUUGUUCUUUCAGUUCGAGGUGGAAGAUAACGGGCCUGGCAUUCCUGCACACCUUCAUCGGCGUAUCUUCGAUCCAUUCGUCCAGGGGGACCUGGGGCUAAAUCGUAAAUAUGGAGGCACCGGCCUCGGGCUGAGUAUUUGCGCCCAACUAUCGCGGAUAUUGAAUGGUGUCAUCCUUGUGGAUAGUGAGGAGGGACGGGGAUCCAUUUUCACACUCCGAAUUCCCUUAAAAUUCGUCAAGGAACUGGCCCCGAGCACCCACAACUCUAGUGCACCCGGCUCACGAACACCUAGUGUUCUGUCUCUGGAUGGAUUUUCAAAUGCAGCACGCACGACAUCAAACCACGGAUCAUUGAAAAGCGAACAUGCGGCGCCUGGCUUUGACAAGUCCGAUAUCCAACCACGACUGGUUGGUCUCAGUCAACCGUUCUUCACCCCAACAGUUCCCGCAUCGCCUGCAUCUUCUGCAUCCAAGGGCCCACGAUCGAAGAAUGGCCCGACGACGCAGAGCGAAGGCCCUCGGAAGAUUCGAGUUUUGGUUGCCGAGGACAAUACGGUCAAUCAAGAAGUUGUUCGGCGAAUGCUCGCCCUUGAAGAAGUAUAUGAUAUCACGAUGGUGAAGGAUGGCCAGGAGGCUUUCGACACUGUUAAGUUAAGUAUGGAAAAGGGACUCGUCUUCGAUCUGAUUUUCAUGGACAUUCAGAUGCCAAACCUGGAUGGCCUGCAGAGCACCCGACUCAUCCGUGAAAUGGGCUACUCUGCUCCUAUUGUGGCAUUGAGUGCCUUUGCAGAGGAGAGUAACAUAAAGGAAUGUAUGGACUCAGGCAUGGAUAUGUUCAUCAGUAAACCGAUCCGGCGCCCUGCACUAAAACAAGUUCUCAACAAGUUUGCGACUAUCCCGGAGGAGCUAGAAAACAAUUCACAUAUUAAUUAG